AUGACAUUAAUAUUUCCAUUGGAUAUUCCAAUUAAAUGUAUGGAAAUGCAAUCACAUCAACAUUCUCAUCAUAACAAUAUUUUAAAUAAUACAAAUAAUAAUAAUAAUAAUAAUAAUUUAAUAACUUUCCAAAAUAAUAAUAAUAAUAUACUAGAUGGUGAAGUAUUGGAUCGUCUCGAAAAGGAAUAUCAAACAAAAAUAUAUAAUAUUAAAAUAGCAUUGGAUACUCCACCUGAUUUAUUGGCAAAUAUUAAAUUUUUACAACAUCAACAACAACAACAACAAAAUCAUUUUGUUAAUAAUAAUAAUACUACUAUAAAUGGAAAUUUUCAACAAGAUAGUGAAGAUGAUGUCAUGUUAGAAGAUCAAGAUGAUGAUGAUGAUGAUGAAUAUGAUAGUUCAAGUGAUGAUGAUUUUAUAAAUCAAUUUAAUCCAAUCCAUUAUCAUGAUAUGAAUACUUCCAUAUAUAUACCUAAUCAUAAUAAUAAUAAUAGUUCAAAUAAUAAUGGUUCUAAUAAUAAUUCUAAUAAUGGAAAUAUGUCAAAUUUACUAAAUCAAGGUUUAUUAUCAUCACCUAAUACUCAAUAUAUUAUUCAAUAUAUUGAUGAAGAAGAAUUAGAAGAUACUUCUAUUUUAAAUAUUUCAAGAAUUUCACCUCCUCAAUCACCUCCACAUUUAUAA